GGAACUUUGGUCGGUAGGAAGCUUGUUUUUGAACGGACGUUGUGACGCAGCACCUCUGGUCCCAUCUUGGUUGGAGAGAAGGCAGGGGAAGGCAAACCGUCCAUAUUACCGCUGCUUUGUCAGCACUUUUCACGGUGAUGGACCCUCCCGGUGGGGGAGAUGAACGACAGAGACAGGCAGAGCGUCUUCGUCGGGAGGAAGCAUACUAUCACUUCAUCAAUGAAUUAAGUGAAGAGGAGUACCGCUUAAUGAGGGACAGCAAUUUGCUGGGCACGCCUGGAGAGGUGACUGUGAGUCUGGAGGGUGCGAAAAAGCGGUUGUCCUCUCAGCCACAUUCUGAACAACGCCUCCAGACUGCUGAUUCUGGAGAACAGCAAAGCAGCAGCAUUGAAGGAGAGGAGAGAGUGGAUGGAGGAAGACCAGGCACGGGAGGCACAGAGAAUGGAGCAGAGGCCUCUAAUGGUGACUCCUUACUGGAGUGGCUGAACACUUUCAGACGCACUGGUAAUGCUACUCGCAGUGGACAGAGUGGAAACCAGACGUGGCGUGCUGUCAGUCGGACCAACCCCAACAGUGGAGAGUUCCGUUUUAGCCUGGAAAUCAACAUCAACCAUGAUCAGCCAGAACCGGGGGAACAUACUGACCCUGCAGAGCUUCCAGUGACCGCCCCCAUUACAACUUCACCCUUGGUACACAGUGCACCGUCUCCUACGACCCCUCGCUCCUCAGUUAUUUCUAGACCAGCACCGUACCCAUCCCCACGUCCAGCGCUCAGUAGAAGGAUGCAGACACGACGUAUGCGCAGCAGUAGUACAUCACUUUCUGCGGGUAACCCUGCACUUCCUGCAUCUGAGCCAUUACCAGCAGCUCCACCAAGGAGAGGUGGUACUCUGCACUCAUUAGUACCUCCUGUUGCUGUUGUAAACCUGCCACUUGAACAAAUGGAUCCUUCCCAACAUCAAGCCCUUAACCCAGAAGCAGAGCAGGGACAUGAUAAUGUUACUGCUCCUACAGACUGUCCAAAUGUGUCACCCAACUCUGGUUCUCAGUCCCCAUCAGUGGGCCAGGAAUCACGUGGAAGUCGGACUCGUUCGCGUGGUCGUUCACGUAGGUCUGCUGUAGGGGGCGGUGUCUCAUCCCGCUUGUCAAGACGAAGCCGCUCUCCUUUGCACAGAGUACCUGCUGUCACUUCCCCUCCAUCCUCAAGCAGUAGUGUCAGUGGCUCUACUGUCCACACCGUUGAGCCGAGCCAUGGCAUUAGCUCUCUGUCAGUGGUGACCGGAGUGGAGACUGAACCCGCUGUGGUGCCUGAGCCAACGGUAGAGACUGAACGAGAGAACGAAUCAAAUGUUAUAGGAGCAGGAAGUUCAGCAGCCCGUCGGCACCCAACCAUCAUGUUAGACUUGCAAGUGAGAAGGAUUCGACCUGGUGAAAACCGUGAUCGUGACAGCAUCGCUAGUAGAACACGAUCACGGGCACGGGUUGCUGAGAACACAGUCACGUUCGAAAGUGACAGUGGUGGAUUUAGACGCACCAUCUCUCGCUCUGAGCGAGCUGGGAUUCGCACCUAUGUGAGCACCAUCAGGAUUCCCUUGAGACGCAUCAGUGAGACAGGCCUGGGAGAGCCCAACUCCACUGCACUGCGCUCCAUUUUACGGCAAAUUAUGACAGGUUUUGGAGAGCUGAGCUCCCUAAUGGAAACUGAGGCUGAUUCUGGAACUGUUGCACCAAGCCAUACGGACGCUAUUGGCACAAGUAACACUAGUCCAGCCAGCCGUCUACAUACUAAUGAGAGUACAGUUCAGAUUGGCGCAGGUGGAGAAGAUCAGGAAAGGGUGGGGCUAUCGGUAGGAGAGGAGGACCAGAGCAGCCAGGCCAGACUUGGAGGAGGAGGAUUAGUGAGCACCACAGAAGCGAGGACCACGAGCCGAGACACCAACAACCUUGUAGAAAACGGUACUCUACCCAUUCUGAGGUUGGCGCAUUUUUUCUUACUCAACGAUGAAGAGGAUGAUGACCAUCCUCGAGGCUUGACUAAAGAACAGAUUGACAAUCUAUCCACACGCACCUAUGGUCAGGCCAGUCUGGAGGGGGAGAUGGGUCGAGCCUGCAGCGUCUGCAUUAAUGAGUACGCCCAGGGAAACAAGCUACGACGUCUGCCGUGCUCUCAUGAAUUCCACAUCCACUGCAUCGACCGCUGGCUCUCUGAAAACAACACCUGCCCCAUCUGCAGGCAGCCCAUACUCUCAGUGCAUCAUGACUGAACGACCAUCUCACAGAGUUCUCACAUUUACCUGGCUGGCUUAACUGAGCAGACCCAAUUUGCAUGUACAUAGCACCUUUGUGUUUUCUUUUUAAUAUCCAUUUUGUUGAAGUGUAAAGAAGGUUAAACCAAAAGUGUGAGAUAGGGGGGAAAGGGAACUGUAAAUGCAGAAAAUUAACAAAAGUUUAUUUUUUUAGACUCCUUGUUUUUGAGCGUUUGGCUGGUCUUUAGGCUUCACACGCCCCUGUCAGUGAAUGGAACUAAUGCUUUCAGAGCUCCUGUGGCUGCUGCUGUUUCCUCUCACUUUAAAUUUGUCGUGACUCCACAAAACAAUUCUAGAGUUGAUUGAUUCAGUAUAAAGUGUAAAUAAGUGACCCUCACCUCUGUUGAAGGUUUCUAAAGAUCUGCACAUCUGCCAUCUGUUAGGAUUUUUUUAACAUUAGUUCUUUUAGUGCUUAAAUGUGCAUUUUUAAGGUGUCUCCUUACAGUCGAGAAACCAAUGAUCCAGUGCAACAUUUUUAUGACUGAUGUAUUUAAUUUUAAAAAUGUCUUUUAGUCAGUCAGUCUGAUAUUGUCCAAUAUUGUUUAGGUCUGCUGCACACAUCUGUUUAAAUAGUAAUGCAGUACAGAAUACACAUUCUCUGAAAGAACUCACCAGAAACGACCAGGACAGAAUCAUAAACAUUAUCCACAUGAGCAGCACAAUCCAAGUGAAAUACUAAUGGCAUGUGAUAAUCAGAGGAGUUGUAAUUAUGAAUGAGCAGUGCAAUACGGAGAGAAGACAGUAUUUUGUUUGUUGUUUACAUUCUUAAUGUCGGCUUAUCAUCUCACCAUCUUUAAAAACGUCUCGUCAAGACUGAAAAUUUAAGAGCCCCGUUGAGAACAUGGAGGAAAAAUGUUAACAUCUUUGUGAGAUUUUGCAAAGUAAAUUUGGAAUCUCGCAGGGUAAUUGCAAUAUAAAAAAUGCAUGUAUUUUUGGUCGAGAUUAAGUUUGUUGAAACACGAUGUAUUUAUGGCUUUACAUUGUAUUGUUGCUACAAUGUCAAAAAAACAAACUAAUUUGAUUACAGAAAUUUAUCAGUUUACAGUUUAAAUACUAUCAAACCGAUAGGAGAGAAAAACAUUGGAGCAGAUUCCUGUUGUUUAUAGGGGAUGUCAAACGUCCGAUGUGAAGUUAUAGGGAAAUAUAGAAAUGUGAAAUUCUCAAGGUAAAUUUGUAAAAUUUGACCUUCUUGUUAAUAAAUAAAAAACAUAAAUUAACAAAUUGCUCUCUAUCAAUGAGUAUUAUUUUAGAUUCUAUAUGUAGUCUAAAGUUUUAGACUAAAGUUUAAAUGCUUAUCAUAACUUAAAAAUUUAAAUUAUUUUUUAAAUUUAAAUUAAGUUAUAAAUUAUUAAGUCAUAGCUUUAUAUUUUAUAACACAGGGUUUUGUCGUGCUGUACCUUUGUACAAAUGAAAUAUUUUUUGUGAUAUCUAACAAAGAUGUUUUUCCCUUCAUGUCCCUCCUGGGCUUCUUAGGAAACCUCUUGGUUCUUGCUAUUCAGAUACACCCCUUACACACACGCAGACACACAGGUUUUUUUUUUUUUACAAUUGAUUGUAUUAUUAAGACAGUUUUGCUCAUCAUUUAGAAAAAUUGUGCUGCAUUCCAUCUUUGAGAUGUUUCUGUGAAUCCUAGUUUAUCUUUAAAAAGUGCAUUGUUGGCAGUGUGUGUCAGCUCCAUCGCCAACACUGGGGUGUUACUAAUAGAACACCACUGUGUGCUCUUUGUGCUUCAGUUUUUCCAUGACAUCUACAUACGAUGGCUCUUUUUUAUAUAGCACAGAUGGAUUAUUUCACUGGACCACCUGCUCUCUGUUCAUCCUCCAGGGUCACUUUCUACACCGUCAGUACCAGUAAACAGGAGAUGCUGUCACGAAAACACACUGUUGUGUCAGAAUGUAUGAAAAGUGAGCAAAGUGUGUUAGGAUCAAUUGUGUAUGCAUGUGUGUGUGUGUUUGCGGGAAUUGAAGGAAUGGGUUUGUUUCCCAACAAAGCCCACGGCUCAGUGGCCCCCCCGUUAGGUGGAUUUUCACCUCGGAGACAAAAAGGCAGAUUCUGGCCACUGAGCGCAGAAGUGAAUAUUUAUUCUGUUCCUAUUUAAUGAGAUGGAAAUCCAGUUUUGAAAUACUCUGUAUUGUUAAGAUGUGUGAGAGUAAAUAAAACAAUUAUAAUGAAUAUCAUA